AUGGCGACUGCACCGACACUCUUCACCCUCCCGCUACACCUACGAGCGAACAUUGCUGCGCUCUUGGCGGCCGAAAUCGCCCCUCCGCAUCUGCAGGAUGAGCUGAGCGCCGCCAUCGCAGCCGCCGACGUCGAGGAGAUGGAGAGCGACAUUGAGCCUGAGCCCGAAUCAUCUGACGAUGAGAAAGGCGGUGACGGCGUUGACAAGCCCGCACCGACGCGGAAACCCCCAACGAUCGACGGCGAGAUCCUGGACCGUGUGGCGGCAUGGGCGUCCUCCAAACACGAGAGGCUCACCUCCGCGGGGUUAGACCCCGCAGAUUAUAGUUACAUAGGCCUGCUAGCCGGUACACAGGUUUACCUUGCGCCUCGGCAACGGAAUCUCGCACUGGCGGCGGAUAAGGCUCUGGCCGACAAGGAGAAGGUUCGUGUCCAAUACUCCUAG